AAAGUAAUGAACGCAUUAUAACCCUCAAGUUAUUGACAAGUGUCUCGUCUCGUGACAAAAAUUAGGCAAUUUCAGUAAAAAAAUGAAAUGCUUUUUGUGAACUGAUUUCUGCAAUAACACAAUGUACGAACAUUCAAUAAAAGUACCACGACAUUUUAAAAUUGCAGCAAAUAUCGUUAAGAAAGUAUCCACAGAAGGAGGCAGUGUAAAAACUUUGUUAUACGAUAACAAACUUCGCCACUUCAGGACCAAUGUGCUGUUCGCUCUCAUAACAGAAACAAUCAAACAUGCAGCAGACAUAGAUAAAAUUUUUGAAACAUGUAGUUUGUUAACAAAUGAACCACGGCUUGAUCCGUGGUUGGCAAAGGUCCUCACAUCAGAACUACUGUUUGGCAAAAAGACUCUUCCUGGCAAGAGCAAACCUGAACAAACUAUUUUAUCAUACAAAGACCAGUUUGAAAAAUAUACAUCGGACCAUCAGGCCGACUUGAAGACUGAAGCUGUUCGCAGACCUCGUUAUGUUCGUAUCAACACCAACUUACUGACUACUUCUGAUGCAAUCCGAGCAUUCCAAGAUGAAGAGUACCGAUUUGUCCGCUGCACUUCUGGCUCCUAUAAUGACUACCUGCAGCAAAUUCAAGGCCUAUCCGAAUAUGACUUUACUCAAGACUAUCACGUGAAAACUGUAUUCGUCUUCUCUGCUGGUACGAAGCUACAUGAAAAUGAAUUGUAUCUGGAAAAUAAAAUUAUCCUGCAAGAUAAGGCUACAGCAAUGGCGGUGCACCUCCUAGCCCCGCCACCGGGCAGCGUAGCGUUGGACAUGUGUGCCGCGCCCGGUAUGAAAACCACGCAACUCGCGGCGUUUAUGAGAAAUGAGGGCAAAAUCUACGCAGUUGAGAGGAACGAAAGGAGAUAUCAGACGCUAUGUGACUUCGUCGAGAAGACUGGCUCCAAAUGCGUGGAGACGGUACAUAGAGACGCGCUGGAGAUUAAGAGGGGUGACUACGAUGACGUGGAAUACAUUCUCCUUGAUCCGAGCUGCUCGGGAUCAGGUAUGGAUCUAUGCGUCCACAACUACAUCGAAGACACCAGACUUGCUAAACUCACGUCUUUACAGGAGAAGUUUCUAAAACACGCAAUGAAUGCGUUCCCUAAAGCUAAGAGGAUCGUGUAUAGCACUUGUUCUUUAUUCCCUGAAGAAAACGAAAGAGUUAUCACCAAUGUUGUGAAGACUUCAAGGUCCAAAUGGCGUGUGCAGGACGUAAAGGAGUUACUGAAAGGACAGUGGAAUAACUUCGGUUCGGGUAUGUAUGGUAGUAUGGGUACAAGAUGUAUGUAUGCUAAACCGGAAUCUGAUUUGACUACUGGCUUCUUUCUGGCUGUCUUGGAUAGAGAUCAGAAGGAAUUAGAGAGACAGCAAAAUGGAGAAAGCAUUGUUAAUAAAGUGAACGCAAAAGCAGAUAAAUUUAGAAAAGUAGAUGUUGAAAACGGCGAAACAAGUGAGCCUGAGAAAAGAAAGAACAAAAAGAAGUCUAAUUAUGAACCCGCAGAAGAAGUCCAAACAGAAGAUCAGCCAGUCAUUGAAGUCAGCAUAAAGAAAAAGAAGAAAAAAGAAAAGACAAUGGAAGUGAAUGACACUAACGAAAUCAGUGCCAUUAAUAUUAGUAAUGGAGAUGAACCUAGAAUAGAAGAUACAGAAGAUAUACCUAAAAAGAAGAAGAAGAAAGACAAACAUAAGAAAAUGGAAACAGACAUUAGUGUAAAUGAAUCUGAAGAUACUUUAGUUCCGGACAAUGAUGGUUUAGAAAAACGUAAGAAGAAAAAACGCAAGCAUGGCAGCGACAACGGGCAACUAGCAGAAGAAACUCAAGUCGCUGAUGAAAAAGUAGAUCAUAGUAAAAAGAAGAAAAAAGACGCUAGUAACAAAGUUGAAAACAUUGAGACAGAUACCAGUGAAGUCCCCAAAAAGAAAAAGAAGAAACAUCGUAAUAAAGACAUUGAAAUUGAAAGUUGAUGUCAUUUGAUUUGUUAAAUUCUUUUUACUUUUACAAAUAAAUCGAUACCA